CUCUCUCCAUCACCACCAUCCCGCGCUUAUUCAAAGCGGAAGCGACAUAACCAAACGGACUUCACUAUCCGAGUGGAGUGGGUGGGUUCCCAUACUCUGUUCGUUUGCAGUUCCUCCCAUUUCCCAAAUGUCGGAGCCAAUCAUUCUCUCCGACGAAGAAGACCAGAAUGCCCUCUCAACCCCUUUCCAACCAUUCCACUGUAAGAAACGCCGAACCCAACUGGACCCAAACCCAAUCCCUACGGUUCUGGUCCUCGACGACGACCCGACCCCACAGAAGCAGCCCGGCCCCAUCUCCACUCCUGACUUCGUCCCGGAGACCCCCAUGUCUGAUCUCGCAAUUGUGAAAUGCACCAAAGCCCCUUCCCACUUCCAAGCUAGGGUUUCAGACUCCGAGCACAAGUUCCCUGGUGUUAAUGGACUGAUAUGUUUGGAAUCUGAUAAUGAGCCUGAAAGUGGUCAUGCAAGGAAAAAGGGGAAGGAGAUUGAAUCCAUCGUUAGUGGGUGUGAUGUGGUGAAGGACUUAGAUUGGAGGUUUAGUUUUGUCGAGUCCACAUGUUCUCUUGGAGAUGCUGAGCUAGCACAUAUGUCUGAAGGGAAUUUUUCACUAUCUACUUUGCAAGAUGAUAUUGAUCAGGUACUUGAUUAUCCAGAAAAUAGAAUGGAUCAGAUGGGAAACAUUAUGAAGCAGAGAAGGACAACAGCUAUUACUGAUAAUGAAAACAUUACAAAAGAAGCAACAGGAAGAAGGAAGCUGACAAAAGAGGAAAGAACGCGCUUAAUGGAAGAAAAGAAGCUAAAGAAGAUACAAGAGAAAUUGCAAAGAGAAGCUCUGAAAGCUGAAGCAGCAGAGUUGAAAAAAAUACAGAAAGAAAAGCAAAAGUGGGAAAAAGGGAAGUUUGCCCUAAAAUCCAUCGUGGCCGAGAUUGAUUCUAAAGUAGUGGAGUUGGGGUCAGUUGGAGGAAAUUUGCUUACAAGGUUUGCUGAAAAGGGGCUAACAUACCGUAUAACAUCAAAUCCAAUUGAAAGAUCAAUUGUCUGGACCAUGACUGUCCCAGAACAUAUUUCACAGCUUUCUCCUGAAGAAAUAGAGAUUCAAUAUAUAGUGCUCGUGUAUGAAGCUGAAGAGUUUUGUAACCUUGUCAUCAAUGAAUCUCUUUUGGAUAAUGUUUUUAGUGUUCGAAGUCGUUAUCCAUCAUAUACAGUGUGUUAUCUUACAAAUAGGUUGAUGGCAUACGUUAAUAAAAGGGAACAAGAGCUGUACAAGAACCCAACAAAUCAUAGCGGCCGGAGACGCCCACCUGUUGAGGAGGCGCUCGCAAAAUUGACCACUAAUUUUUUUAAAGUACACUCCAGGCAGUGCAUAGAUGAGGCUGAACUUGCUGAACAUGUUGUUGGUUUAACAUGCAGCCUGUCAUCCUGCCAAUUUAGAAAGAAGUUAACGAGACUGGAUGUAAAUGCUAAUGGAUCCCUUAUCCCUAAGGACUGCCUUGACCGAAAUUUAAUUAAAAAGAGCCCAUGGUUAAAAGCUUUGGUAGCUAUCCCUAAGGUACAGCCACGAUUUGCUAUUGCUAUAUGGAAGAAGUACCCUACCAUGAAAUCUCUUUUGAGUAUUUACAUGGACCCAAAUAUAUCAGUUCAUGAAAAGGAAUUUCUGCUGAAGGACUUGACAACGGAAGGUUUACUUGGUGAUGAUAGAAGAUUAGGUGAAGUUUGUUCCAAGAGAGUGUACAGAAUACUUAUGGCACAAAGUGGAUGCAUCAAAACUGAUGAUGUCGAGGAUGGUGCUGAUUUCUUCAGGCGUUAAAUUUCACUUAUAUGGGCAAAAUCAGGUACUCUUGUAAGGCCUCCCUCUCCCUGAGCAAGUUCUGAAAUGGAGAAGAGCAAAUCAUUUUCCGGCUACUACUCGACCGGCUACACAGAAGCCCGGUUUGGGUUUGAGGACCGGUCGAAAUCAUACAGCUUCAAUGGUCCGGUCAGCUGCAGCAAGGUAGAUGAGUUGUCUUCAACAUCUGGCAAUCCAGAGCUGGAGAGAAGGAAGAGGGUGGCAAGCUACAACAUGUAUGCUGUGGAAGGUAAGUUCAAGUCGUCGUUGCGCAACAGUUUCAAAUGGAUCAAGGGCAAGUUUGUUGACAACUUCUACGAUGAGUAGUGAACUAAACCGAAUCCUUUUACUUUUUUAUUUUCUUGUCAAAGUCAAGCAAGGUUCCAAUUACUGUAUAGUUUGUUUAAGCUAAAUGGGUGAAAAUAUGAACUUAAAACAUUGUUUGUCAAGACCUGGUUAAUUUGUAACGAAUUUCUUGGGAUUGAAUCCAAUGAUUGAUAUGUAAAAUGGUUUUGACUACUCUUGAAUUAAGCUGCUCUUGCAGAGGAACAUGCUUCUUUUCCGUUGC